AUGCUCGCUUGCCGCUUCCUCACGCUGCUUCUGGUCCCAGCGCUGGCGGGUGAUGGCUACGACACAGGUUUGGCGGGCAGAGCCUCCACCAGGUGCACAAACAGCUUGACGCUACUCCAGGCCACCUCGCAGAAAUCCCGCACCGUCGUCCAAGGCGAUGUGGAUGCAGAGCUUUUGAGGCCUUCUCAAACAGCAGAGGACUUCGCGCCACCCAAUGACCUGCACAGUGGUCGGGCUUUGGUUGACCGCACCGUCCGUGCUUUGGCGGGGGACAUCAAAGCCUCUUUGCUCCAGGUGCGGGCUACUUCCUUUGGAUACACCACCAUCUCCUUUUUGAUCUUGGGUGUGCUAGUCCUCAGCACUGUGGCAGCUUUCCUUUUCACCCGGCCAGACCUGCCCAUGGCUUGCCACAGCGACACGAAGGAUGUGAGGCUUCCAGCAAAUGCGCUCGCCCAGUCUCGAGGCAGCAAGUCCUUCGGUGCGAACUCGUCGCUGCCGGGCAGAGCCAGCUACAUGCAGGCCGCGUCGCCUUCGCCUUCGCCGACCCGUGAGGGGAGUGACCUAGACGACAGGGCUGAAGCUCGCGGCGACUUCUGCCCAGACUUGAUCGUGCCCAGGGGCUGUGAGUGUGUUCUGCUCGUUCCGAUUCUCCCACUUUCGCUUGGGCCAUUUAGUGUGUGCGAUCCCAAUGGCCAUGUGGUCCUUCGCGUCCUUCCAAAGAGCUUGGCCCAGGGCUCAUCUCCAUCAUCCCCGAGGCGCUCCGCGUCAAUGGGAAGGAGGCCCAGGCCAAGGUCUGUCAGCUUCGGCCCCGAUGCACUGGGCAGCUCAUGGCGCCUUGAGUUGACGACCGGAUCGGGCGAGCUCCUUGCACAGUCUGCAUGCUGCCGAACUGGGAAGGUGAGUCCCGAAUGGAGCAGCUGCCCGUCCUUUUCACUCAUGACCUCCACCGGAGCGAAUUAUGCCACCUUGCGCCGCAACGCGCAGGAAGGCUAUGAGCUGGUAACUCCCGAGCGCACGAUGCACUUCUGGGGCUCCUUCGAUCACCACGCCGUCAACAUCACCGACGAGGGAGGUAAGCUGCUGGCCACCACCGAGCUGUGCGCCGCUGACUGGGACCCCACCGGCGAGUUCUAUCGCCUUCGGGUUGCGCCGCUCGUGGAUGUGGGCUUGCUUCUGUGCAGCUUGGUCUGUGGCCGCUCUCCGGCAACGCACAUAGCUGAUGUAGCCCCGGCCAGCAGUCGAAACGCGGGCGAUUGGUUCUCGUGCUGGGCAGUGGCUGAGUGUGGACACACGAAUAGCAGCUUUGUCAAGCCGUACUCUCCUGGGCUGGGCUUUGCUUUCGAGUAUGGCCCCAUUCAGGAUGCAAAGAUGUACUCCAACAGGGCAGCUGCCCUGACCAAGUUGUUGGCGUAUCCGGACGCUCUCCGAGACCUGGAUGAGUGCCUCAAGCUGGAUCCCAGCUUCAUCAAAGCGUACUCACGGAAAGGAGCAGCGCACUUCUUUAUGAAGGAGUACCACAAGUCGCUUCAGGCUUACGAACAAGGAUUGAAACUGGACCCUGAAAAUGCGGAGCUCCUGCUUGCCAGCAUAGCAUGCUUUGGCUGCAGUUGGCACUGUGACACGUGA